CUUUUUUAGGGCUCUUAUUGCCAUUUUGGCGGGAGCCUUUUGAAAAUUUUAGGUUCGCGCGAGCUCGGCUAUGGAGGACGAGGCGGCGUCCAGCCCGCCAAGGGGCGACGACGCCGAGAAGAAGGCGACGAGGAAGAAUGCCGCGGCGCCAGUGCUGGUGUAUGCGCCCUGGUCACAGGGCGCGCGCAAGCAGGAUGAGGAGAUCCAGAAGAAGCUGGAGACGACGGACGAGCGGAGGUUAGCUUCCAUUGUUUCGGGGAUUGGAGCGUUCGAGACGAGCGGCAGCGACGAUUGGCACCAAGGAUCGGAGGUUUUCGUCAAGGGAUCUCACUGCUUAGAAAAACUGAGGGAGCUUCAGCGGUGCUUGACGAGAGACAAUCCGGAUAGCAGGCGUGUGUUUAUGCAGCUUGGGCAAUGGAAUGUCGCGGGGAAGUACUUGGUACCGAUCAUACAGCACUAUUCGGAAGAUCGUCAUCUCUUUCUUGCAUCGUUGAAGGUGUCGAUUCUCCUCACUCUUCCCAUCGAUCAAAACUCCACCAACACGUUCGACCAAGUAGAGUACCUGUGCCAAAUCAAAGAAGAAGAACGGCGAGAGAUUGAGACUUCUGAUUUUGUUACCUUUUAUGAAGUUGCUGAAUUUUUUCUAAGCUAUCAACGCUAUAAGCUUCUGAAAACACUUGCAGAUGAAAGUGCUUUAUCAGAUUCAGUCUGUGGUCAUGUUUCAUGUACAAUGAAUGAAGAGACGUUUCAGAUGGUUGUAUCAAAAUGGCAUGAUUAUACGGAAGCUGCUAAAUCUCCUAAUGACUGGAUCCCGGUUGUCGCGGUUGUUUCCCUGCUAAAAGAGAUGAUUCAUAUUCUGGAUUUAGUGCUCAAGAAACGGUCAAAUUUCUCCAAUCGUGAUGUUCGCACUGCUAGGACGCUUACUUAUAAGGUUUUCUAUGAUCAGACCGAAAGAGGCAUCUUGAAUACAUGCUGUAGAUCAAUCAAGGCAUUCAACAACUACAAACAACCUCGGAGAUAUCUUGAGAACAUGGUCGAAAUUACUCAUGUCGCAUUGAAACUGAUGGAAAAUACAAUCCAGGAAGACGGUGCUUUGAGAGUUGUCCAAAAGGCUCGAAAUAAAGUAUCCAGGAAAAAACAGGAUGACUCUAAAGAUUUAUCAGAUGCGGGACCUGAGAGUAUUGAAGCGUCGAAGGCUUCACUAGAGGAAAAUAACGACAUUUUGCGAGGAGAUCAGGAGCAGGCGGGGGGUGAUCAGGAGCAGGCGGGAGGUGAUAAGGAGCAGGCGCAAGCAGAGCCACUGCUUGACGACCUCCAAGACGACCAUGAUAAUGUUUCAACGCGAGAAGGCACUUUUAACGUCCUCAAAUGCGUUAAUACGUUUGCAGACAGUACAACCGUUUCCAACUAUUGCUGGCUCCUGACAUUCUACCAGUCCAACAGCCCUGCCUUGAAUUAUUACAUCGUUUGUAUGCUCCACCGGAUAUGCAAAGAUUGCGAGCUGGAGCCCUUGCUAUACGAGAUUUCAAUCCUUGAAACCUUUGAAACCAUCCUUUUGGAUGAAAAACUUCAAAAACUAGAAGAGUACAAAUUCCUCAUCUCCUUCAUCAACAAAGUCGUUCGUAACUUUUUCAAGAAACUGAAGUCGAAUCCUUGGCUUUACGUGGAUGUGCUGUUUACAAGAAGCCGUGAAUCAUCCCGUGACAUUGCCGAUGAUUACGAGUUCGAAGGGGAUACAUCUAUUACUUGCCUUGCGGACGCUCUUCAAGAAGAAGCUGAUGAUGGUUUUGUCAACCUGGCUUCUGAAUCCACGAGUAUUAUUGGCGAACGAGGAGUUGCUCAUAGAACAGUACCUGUGCCCAAGAAACGCAGAAGGGGUCCUUUCAAUGAGGAAGAUGAAAAGCGCAUUAUUGAGCUUUUCCAACAGUUUAAGCACAAGCGUAGCUGCUCCAAACUGAUUGCAGGAGCAUUGGAUAGCGAUGGGAAGAUAUCCAGUGCGCAAGUAACAAGAAAGCUAAAACAGCUCGGUCUACAUCGUAACGGGACUACACCAUCUCACAUUCACGCUGAUGGAACAAGUCCAAUUGACGCCGACAGGAAUGACGAUAUGGAGGACGACGAGUUAGAUAAGGGCAAUCACGACGGCGUCCAGCCUUUGAAUGAAUGGGAGGACGGUGAGAGUUCUGAAGACAAUCAGGAGUGGACUGAAUCAGAAGAAGAUGACGAUGAAGGUGACCUUGAGAAGGGAGAUACAGAGAACAGAACACUACCUGCUGCUAACAACGCUGACUACGUGGAGGAAAACAGGUUGCCAUCCGAUGCGGAAGUGGACCUUCAGGAAGUGCUCGAUGUUCCUCCAGGGCACCCUGUAAACAGAAAGAAAAGACUGGUGAAACACCAAACUGCUGACGACGCUAGCCAGGACAUGAUGGACUUGGAGGAUUUAGCAGGUACCGAAGCUGAAGCCAUACCGAAGCCAGCCAAAAGAAGGGCCUUCACAAUCACAGAUGACGACGAUUAGAUGGACGUCGCUACU